GCGUUAGUCGCCAUUUGCAGUCGCCAUUUUACCCACAGUGAAAGUCAACUAGUCAACAAAACGAUAUUGAUUGCAAUCUAAAAACGUACUUAUAGCGCAUUAACUGCGAAAAAAUGAAUAAUUUUCAACUUUCGCCUCCGGACGACGACGAUGACUUAGAACUCCUGAGACUAGCAGCUUUGCAGACUUUGAAAAGGAAACAAGAGGCUGACGCGAACAAUGCUGAUGCACAGUUCAACCAACAAAAUCAGCCUUUCGAGAAUAGUUAUAAUUUCAGAGGAGGUAGAGGAGGCAGGAAUAAAAGGGGACGUUUUUUUGGAUCACAUCCCAGUGGCAGUUGGUCAGGAAAGAAUUUUCAGGGUCAAUUUAACAGACCAAAGAAUCCCAACUUGAUAUCAAUCACUCCUGUCAAUCCUGAAUCCGAACCAGCAUCAUCCAGUAAUCAGCAACCUGCAGAUGGCGGUAUCAGCAAAUUUGACAGAUACAACAAAUCUGACAAAUCUGAAUCCGAAUCUGAAGAAGAGGUGGAAGCUACUACAGAAGAAGAAAGCCCUGCCAAACUUCAACGGGCCAAUAGCUUGGAAGCACUGAUGCAAGAGUUGGAUAAUGAAAUCCAGGGCAAGCCUGUGGAUGGAGAGGAAGAGAAACAGAAACUGAAAAAAGUAAAAAAGAAGAAGAGAAAGGUCUCGGCUUGUGAUAGCAAAGCUUCUGAUACUGAUAAAGAACAGCCACCGAGUGGCUCAACAGAGGUACAUGCUGAUAAUGAGAAUAAGCUUCCAAUUUCAACAGAGGACGUGAGCUCAUCAGUACCAGCAGAAACUGAGGGACAAGAGAGUUCUCCCAAAGGUUUCCAGUACAGAAAACAACCAAGAUCUCGAUCUCCAAAUAGACGCUUCAUGCAUCGUCGCCGAGGAAUGAGGAGUUUCCCUCCAAAUGUUCCAAACCCACCUCCUCUACCUCCAUUUGGGCAUCCCCCGCAAUUCAUGGGUCCUGAUCCACAAGUGAUGCCUUUCCCUCCACAUCCAUUCAAUCCAUUUGGUCCUCCAAUCAUUCAGAACCCUAUGCCUCACCCCUUCUUCGAUAGGCCCCUCUCACCUCUUGGAAUCAACACUGAGUCCAUUGCAGCUACAGCCAGGGCCCCACUGUCACCCAGGAGUGCGGCAUUUGUCCUUCAAAAUAAAGCCAUAGUAGAGAAAAGGAAGCGUUCGCCGAGAAGAUCCUACUCAAGAAGUCCGUCUCGUAGUUUGUCUCGAAGUCCAAGAAGGUCCCCGCGAAGAUCUCUGACUCCCAUCAGGAGAAUGUCCAGGUCACCUAGAAGAAUGCUGUCUCCAAGAAGGAGGUCUUUGAGUCCUAGAAGGAGAUCUAUGUCUCCUAGAAGAAGGUCGCUAACGCCUAAGAAAAGGUCCAUGUCUCCUAGGAAGAGGUCCAUCUCCCCCAGGAAACGAUCAUUGUCGCCUAGAAGGAGGCCAUUGUCUCCCAGGAAGAGGUCACUAUCUCCUAGAAAGAGAUCAGUGUCUCCUAGAAAGAGGUCACUGUCACCUAGAAAGAGGUCAAUGUCUCCUAGAAGAAGGUCACCACUAUCUCCCAGAAGAAGGCCCCUAUCGCCUCUUUCAAGAAGGAGAUCAAUUUCGCCGAGAAGAAAGAGGCCAGUGAAGACUAGAGAUGCUAAGGAUCAGGAAGAUGAUAAGAAGAAUGUAAGACCUCCGAUACAUGAGAGACUUGGCAACAAGAGUCAACAGAAAACUGAAGACAAAGAAAAGAAUGAUGAAGUAAAAGAAGGUGAUGAAUCAGUCCAAAAGAAAGAAGAAGAUAAACCAGUUGAUCCUGUUCUAGAAGCUAGAAGGAGGAAGUUUGAGUCCAAUGAGAUCAAGAAGAAGGAAGGUAUCAUCAGGCUAAGACCAAAAGAAGAUAAAUCUAAGGAAGAUAAACUGGUAGAAGAUGAAAAGGCAAAAGAUGUCAACCCAAAGGAAGAAAACACAAAGGUGGUUAAACAGAAUGAAGAUAAACCAAAAGAGAGUGAAGAAACCAAAAUGAAGGAGACUUCUAGCUCCUCAACAGUUCCAACUCCAGUCAGUAGCAGUGCAACGAGUUCCGCCCUUGAGCCGAGCAGCUCGAUAACUUCGACCUCUGAAACUUCUGUGACUUCCACAACACCUCCAAUUCCAUCUUCAACCACUCCUGAAGGGAAACCGAAGGCUGAAACGAAAAAAAUAGACGAUAUUCCCGAUGAAUUUGAAGAGCUAGAAAGGCUUCUGAACGCUCCUUUGCCAGAGCUAGAUGAUAUUGUCAACCCAAAGGUUGAUGACAUCUUCUCUGACGAGGACUCAGCCAGCGACAACGAAGGACGCUUCAAAGCCAAGAAGACUGGAGAGAAAGCGCCUCCCGUGCUAUCGUUUUCAAAACUGGUGAAUGGUGUGAAGCAGGAGAUCAAGACAGAGGCGUUACCUGAUUCGCGACCUAACAGGAGAGCUAGGAAUUACGAUAGAGAUAGGAGGAGACGAGAAAGAACUACACCCCCGAAAAGGGAGGAAAAACCUGAACCGUCCAGAAGUGAACGUACCGCAAAGCCCGAAAUGAAAAAAGCGGAGACAUCCGAAAAAGUUUCAACUAAGCAAAGAUCAACGUUUAAGACAGCAAGGCGAUCUUCGCCUGUAAUGGACAAGAAAUUUGAAAGGAAGAUCGAGAUCAAGAUAAAGAAUCCCUCCAAGUACGAGAAACAAACGAAGGUUAAGGAGGAGAUGGAAGAGAAGCCGAAGCCUCAGGAGGAGGAUUACAGUAAGGUUGAGGUGAAAAAGGAAGUGGAGAGCGAGGAAGAUGAACCGGAAAUUAUUAUCGAGAAUGAUAGUGAUGACGAUGAUGAGGUUGUGGCGGAGAGCGCAACUAAAGGAGAUUUGAGAGCGCAACUGAGCAAAAAACGAGCAGAGAAACUUCAAAGAGUACCAGUGGAAGAGGUGUCGUCUAGACUGUUACAAUAUGCUUUAGAAGGUGCUGUAUUUAAGAAGUCGAAAAAGAAGAAGAAGAAAGAGAAAGAUAUAUCCAGCAGUGAAUUGGCUGCAAUAUCGAAACUUGUGCAUGCGGACUAUUUCACACGAAAGUUCUGCCUAUCGUUUAAAACAGAAAGAAAAGUCAUGGUGUACAAGCAUAAGAGCUUCAGAGUUAACUAUGGUUUUCUUAGAAGACCAGAUGGAAAAUUGCCGAUUCAUUUACGCCUGGGCAUGCUAAAUGAUCCAGAAGUUUACCUCGAAGUGAAACCUAAACGAAAGUCUAGGAAGAGGAAGCACAAAGAGGUUAUCGAGCAGGUUUAAUCUCCAUCCUACAAUGCAGCUAUGAAAAAAAUCAAGUGACGUUUUAUGAAGCCGGAAGAGAAAAUUGAAAAAAGACUGUAGUGAUAGGCUUAUCGUGAAUUGAAGUUACUGUUGAUCAGAUUGUAUGUGUAUUUGAUUACAGGAAAUUUCUUGAUGUACUAAUUAAACUAUGAGCUGAUUUUAUUGAACUAUUGCUUAUUUUAUCAGUAAGGACUAAAACUGAAAUGUACUACAAUUAAGAUUAAAGUAUAGUUUCUUUCCAUUUUUAUUUGUACAUAAUCUGUAUAUAU